GUUAAUCCUCCUUGUGCUCCAGGUGCAAUAAUCGCGAGUGCUGAAAUUUUUACCUGCCUACAAUGGCUUCUGUUCUGGUGUCGGCGUCUCGUUUCAGUUUUUGUAGUGUUCGAUCCUGUGGAAUUCGAAGCAGUCUGUUCUGCUCGCCUGUGUCACAGCGGUUCUACGCCCAAGCUGCUUCCGAGAAAAAGGUAUUCCAACGUGAUAAGCCGCAUUGUAAUGUAGGAACCAUAGGCCACGUGGAUCACGGGAAAACCACGUUGACUGCUGCAAUUACAAGAGUGCUGGCUGACAAGAAGUUGGCUAAAGCGAAAGCAUACUCGGAGAUCGACAAUGCGCCUGAAGAGAAGAAACGAGGAAUCACCAUCAAUGUUGCUCAUAUUGAGUAUGCGACGGAUAACCGGCAUUAUUCCCAUACCGAUUGUCCUGGUCAUGCCGACUACAUUAAAAACAUGAUCACGGGUGCAUCGCAAAUGGAUGGUGCUAUUUUAGUGGUGGCUGCCACCGACGGGACCAUGCCUCAGACGAGGGAGCAUCUUCUUCUCGCUAAACAGAUCGGGAUCUCGCACAUCGUGGUGUUCAUUAAUAAGGUGGACGCUGCGGACGCCGAAAUGGUGGAAUUAGUGGAAAUGGAAUUGCGAGAGCUGCUAACUGAAAUGGGCUACAAUGGCGACAACAUUCCCAUCAUCAAAGGAUCUGCCUUGUGUGCUCUUGAAGGCCGUGAGCAAGAAAUCGGCUCGAAGGCCGUUCUCGAGCUCCUUGACGCCAUUGACAAAAACGUGCCGGAACCUCAACGUGAUCUUGAUAAACCUUUCUUACUUCCGAUCGAGUCUGUGCAUUCAAUUCCUGGCCGCGGAACAGUGGUCACAGGAAGAGUGGAGCGAGGGAUCAUGAAGAAAGGAUCCGAGUGCGACAUCAUCGGGUAUGGGAAAAGCACCAAGUCUACCAUAACUGGAUUAGAAAUGUAUCACCAGAUAUUGGAAGAAGGUCGAGCAGGUGAUCAAUUGGGGGCAUUAAUUCGAGGCGUCAAGAGAGAAGAUGUUCGUCGAGGAAUGGUUUUGGCGAAGCCUGGCACCAUUGCUAUGAAAGAUAACAUCGAUGCGCAGGUCUAUAUCUUGUCCAAAGAAGAAGGUGGCAGAUCUCGUCCGUUCACCAAUUUUAAUCAAAUGGUGAUGUUCUCUCGCACAUGGGAUACUGCGGCAUUUUCUGUUAUCCCUGGCAAGGACAUGAUCAUGCCUGGUGAAGAUGCCAAGAUAAAUUUGAAGCUCCUGAAGCCUAUGGUUCUUGAACUGGGGACAAGAUUUACGCUAAGGGAAGGUAAGACGACGUUGGGAACCGGAGUUGUGACCAAGAUAAACGACAACAUGUCGCCUGUGGAACGGGAAAUGUUGACGGAAAGCAAAAAGAAACGAGAGAAGCAUUUGGAGGAACUGGCGCAGAAGAGCUGAGAGAGUCUGGCAGAGCGGGAAAAAAUACGUUUUCUCUUUCGAAAUUUUGUUUUUUGUGGUCAUGUCAAAACUCCUGUUUUUUUCUUUAGUCAACGGAACAAGUGUUGAAUUGAGGCUGAAUGAAGAGAUUCAUUUGCCUUCC